AUGGUGGUGCUAGAAACAGCUGCGAUAGUUGCCAUGGUCGGGUGGGCGGCCUCACCGACCAUCAACCGGCUGAUCGGCAAGGUGCAGUCCUACACGGCCAAGAAGUACAAGUGGUACAAGGACCUGGAGGAGAACCUGGAGAGCGUGGACCAUUUCCUGGUGGAGAUGAGGAGCACCGUGAGGAUAGUUGAAGCCCGACGGACUGAUGACCCCAACAUGGAGUGCUGGCUGUCGCUGCUCAAGGAUGCCAUCGACGACAUGGACGACUUCUUUGACAUACUUGACUACGAAAUCAUCGACAAGUCCAACAAGUUCAAAGCCGAUGAUUCUUCUUCUUCUGCUGCUGCUGCUGCUGCUGUUGAGUCUGAGUCUGGAGCGCGAACGAUUGGGUCGGAUAAAUCGUCUGGCAUGCUGAGGACGUUGGUGAUGAAGCUGGGCGACAUCCGCCAGAGCUCGCGUGGCCUCGUCCAAGCAUCCAUGCUGGCUGCAACUGUGGCUGGCUGCUCCGACAGCAGAAGUGUGGUCGGCAUCAUCGGCCAUGGUGGGAUGGGGAAGACCACGCUUGCUCAGAAGGCAUGCAACGACCCAGACGUGAAGAGUAGGUUUGAGCUCGUCAUAUGGGCCUGGGUGUACAACAAGUUUCGUGAGGACGACCUGUUAGGUGAGAUAUGGAGGUCGGCUCCGGCGGUCGCAGAGGCAGAAAUAACAACCAGCGCCGCCGUACCCGCACGGCAUGGCAAUAUGAGCUUCAGCAGCAUGCAGCUGGCGCUGGAGAAGCUUGUGGCGUCCAAGAGGUACCUGCUGGUGCUCGACGACGUGUGCAACGACGAGACGGCUACCAACCUGCAGAGGAGGGAGACAUGGAGAAAUGUGCUCGCGCCGUUUCAGCGUGGCGAGCGCGGAAGCAGGGUUCUGUUGACCACUCGAGCCAUGAUCUGUGCGCAGACGGUGGGCGCGGCGGAGAGGAGCAGGCGGAUCGUUCUGGACGGGAUCGACCGCGACUCCUUCGUCUGCCUGCUCAAGAGAACAGCCGCGAUUGGAACCCUUGCUCCGCUUCUUGAAGAGGUUAUCAGAAGCAGUGCAUUGUUCUCCAACUCAUCAUCCGCAUCGGCGCCGGCAUGGAAGCGCUCCCCGUUGUCUGCCAAGGAGAUGGGUCUGAAGCUGAGAAACACCAGGAUCAAGAAGAGAUGGGAGGACAUCUUGAGGACGGACUGCCACGAGAAUGUUAUCUCAUCCCAUGUGUCCUGCUAUCAGCAGCUGCCACCGCACUUGCAGUACUGCUUCGCUUUCGUCAGCCUAUUCCCUAACGGGUUCAAGUUCCAAGCUGAGAUGCUGGUGAAGAUGUGGGUGGCCCAUGGUUUCAUCAGCGAAGGUGAAGAUGGCUCCGAGGAUGGCAAUACCAUGGAGGACACGGCGAGUGGGUACUUCAAUGAUCUGGUCUCCCGGUCUUUCUUCCAAGAGAUCAAGAAUAAACAAGAUAGGGUAACUCACUAUUUGAUCCAUGAGCAGAUCCAUUCCAUGAUCCGCUCAGUGUCUGCAAAUUAUUUCCUGAUGGUCCAUGGAAAUACAAAUACCUUUGCUGCGGCUGCCAAGAGUAUUCCUCAUACAGUUCGCCACUUGUCUGUAACCAACGGCUGUCUCGACUGUCUGCUGGUUCAUCUCAAGAAGCAUACUAGUGUACUGAAAAGGCUACGCACGCUUCUAGUUCUUCGGGAUUCUUCUGGACCAGCAAAACCCUGCGUCGCAUGUGCUUUUAGAAGCUCAAAAAAGGAAAAGGGUUCUUCUGCCGUGUCCUCAUUAACAGCCAUUGGUAAGGAUCUACUCAGCGAGCAGAGUGGCGUCAGGGUUCUGGAUUUAACCGGCACAAACAUUGCAGAGUUGCCUCCAGAAAUUGGCAACCUGAUUCAUCUUCGUUAUCUGGUUCUUCCUGACACCCUAAUAAAAGAAUUGCCUGAACAAGUUAAGAAGCUGCUCCAUCUACAGGUGCUGGUCCGGAGCACUGAUGCCCAAACUGCUGCUGUGGUAGACGAUGAUAGCAAGAAAUUCAAUCAACCUUCUACAUUCUGUGCUAACAAGGCAGGCCUGAGCCAGCUUGCAGGCAUGAAUUCGCUCCGCGGAGAACUAAGCAUUACGGGUCUCGGCGCUGUUUCAAACAAGAAAGAUGCUAUUAAGGCAAAACUCAGAAAGAAGAAAUCCGUGAAGAAGCUGAAUCUUGAGUGGGACAAAAAUGAAAGUGAUGAAACCUCCCCUCAACAUCAUCAGGAUGUUCUUGAAGGUCUCCAACCACAUUUUGGAAUUCGAAAGCUGCAAAUUAGAAGAUACCAUGGUAUAUCAUCUCCCAGUUGGCUGCUAAACAACUGCCUAGAACAACUGACACACCUGCAACUCAUAAAUUGUAGGAAGUGGGCGACCCUGCCCGCUUUUGGCCACCUGCCCCGCCUGAACCAUCUACAUAUUCGUGAAAUGAAUUCUGUUAUACAGAUUGAUGGCAGUGGCCCGUUCAAGUCACUAGAGACACUUGAGUUGUCUGACAUGCAGAGCUUGGUUCAAUGGACAGCUGGAGCUCCCGAUAGCCAAUUCACCGUUCUUAAAAAUGUGGAAAUAAAGGAUUGCCCGGAACUGCAGAUAUUGCCUCCAAUACUUCAAAAAACCUUGGAUAGCCGAGUGAUAAAAGGAUGUCCGAAGUUACUAUGA